CACGCUGCUGCAGAGGACUCUUGCACUGCUUCCAGCACUCAACCUCUGCACAGCGCAACAGCAGCAGCAGCAGCAUGCCCGUCUGGAGCCGAACGCAGCCUGCGGCAGCACACAGUCUCCUGGGUCUUUAACCUGUCGCAUGUGGAAUACGCGAUCACAGACGGGAUAUCGACUCGGGAUCAGAAGAGCACACACAAAACACCUGCGCUGAUUAUUUUAGAUCUUUUUAUUAUUAUUAUUAUUGGAGAGCUUUUGUGUUGCCAAGGAAGGAGAAAGUCGGAGCAGCCAUGAGAGUUCUACCCAUAUCUGCCGGAUACCUCCACAGCCUCUUCUGACCAAAUCUGAUCGAGCAAACCGAAGAUGUCAGCGUGCAGCGACUUUGCAGAACACGUGUGGAAACCCGGCUCCUGUAAGAACUGCUUCCACCCCCUAAGUGCGCACAAGACUGUCGGUGUCUUUGAUGGCAGCGUGCCAGCCUCUUGUUUGAAGAGCUGUCUGGGUGGUGAUGAAGACGCUGGAGUGACAUCACCUUCGCCCUACAGCAAGCCAACCAUUGCUGUCAAACCCACUAUGAUGAGCCUUGACACAAACGAGUUAACUGACGUGAACAUGAACAUUGAGCAGGAGAACACAAAGAGUCCAGUGGACCAUUUGGGCCUGAAGAAGCUCUUAGACCUGUCACCUCUUUACAUUGAUAGCAAUGGCUGCAACAAGGCCCACAGGGAUGCGGUUCUUAAGAGUCCUGACGCCAAGAUGGACUACAACAACUGCCUCUCUUUGUCUCCUAGUAUUCUGCCCAAGGACUCCAUGAUCAUCAGCAAUAUAUUCGUAACCAAGGAGGAAGGCAGGGGUUCUCAGAGUUUAAAGAAUAAUGCCAAUGAAGACUCCCGCAGGCAGCAGAAUAGCAUGGCCGCUAUUAGGACCAAGAGCACUUACAAUGGAAAUGAUGUGACUACCAGGGCAAAUUACCAGGAGUCCCAUCAGGCUUCUGUGGAGAUACCUUUGUCGGUGGAUAUCGUCCCUUCCAGUCCUGCCAUAGUUCAUAUUAAUGCUGUAAGCAGUGGUAGAACUACCACUGUUACCACGAUGACAUCCAGCACUUCUUCCAGUUCCUACACCACAGCCUUAAGUGUGGAAAGCACCACCCUCACUGGCCCGACAUCCCCCCACUCUGUUACGGUCCUGUCUAAACAGAGCAGCCUGUCAGACUCCACUUGUUCUUAUCGUAGCAGCACAGAUUCACUUCCUGGGCCAGAAGGGUCAGGAGAAAGACAAGACAGGUCAGGAAGCCCGCAAAGUCCGCCAGCCAGUGGCAGUCCACACUCGACUCCCAACUCUCCCUAUGGACCACAAAACUCUGAACCCAUUUAUGCAGAAAGCACCAAGAAAAAGCGCAGGCCGCAAGGAAACGGACCUCAGUUCCAUCCAGAGUCCCCAAACCAGACUAAGCCGUCCCAAGGUUCUGAGCUUGAACUUUCGGGAGAGAGUCAGCGGGCCACCAUCACUGUGAUGGCUGCUCACACAGAGGAGAACAACAGGACUAUCUACCUAAGCAGCCCUGAUUCAGCUGUCAGCACCCAGUGCCACUUCAGCCCCGCAGCCCGUAAAGACCCCAGCAGCCCAGCCUUCCGUUGGCCCAGCCCCAGCCCCAGCCACAGCGCACCCUCUCUGACCACAGAAGCCUUCCUCACCCCCACUCUGUACCCCAAGCCCCAGUCUAGCCCACCCAUUCCUCCAAAGAGGAACACUCGUUCCCCUAAACUGGGCACCUCUAGCCUCUCCCCAUCCAUGUCUUCUCCAGUCCCUCUUCCUGAACUUCCCAAACUGAGCACCCCCAUCCUCACACCAUCCAUUUCAUCUCCGGUCCCUCUCCCUGAACUGCCCAUGCUUUUCCUGGUCUCUGGCCACUUCAAGGUCCCUACAGAGAACCACAAUGCGGCAUCCGAACGCUGGCAGAAGUCCCACCACCAUAGCUCCGGCUGGAAUUGCCGCAUUGAAGAAGAGGAGGAGGAGGAAGAGAGGGAGCGGAAAGACAUGAAGAAGAAGACGCCAGCCGCCAACCCGGGGACAACCUCUCGGGUGGCGGGCCCUCUCAAUGGUGCUGCUGUCUGGAGGGAGGCCAAGGACGGGAAGGCCCACAGCAGCCCCCCUUCGAUGAUAGAGCCAGGCACGGCCCCCCCGGCUGCCCCCAACAAUGGUUCUUGUGAGGGGGAAACUGAGGGCACCGGCUCAGAGGCGGAGGGCAAGCAUAACGGGAGCAUGCCGGCCAAGCAACCGCUGCAUGGCGGUUCAUCACAGCUGCUGGUAGCAGGGAAGGGAGCUGCCAACAGUGACCCCAAUCCACCACCUCCUCCACCUAAAAAGCUGCACAGAGUGUGCGGCAAGAUGAGUGGCAGCAAUCUGGAGCUGGACCGCUGCAGCCAACAAGGGUCAGUAGAGAGCCCUACUUCAUCUUUGCGGGGCCUGAGCAUGGCCAGCCUGCCAACCGCCUCCACGGACAACCUGACCGCUGACACUGGUGCUCGGGAGGCAACACGGAUGUCUUGUUCUUCGCCUUUCCUCAGAAGUCCAGCAGCCUCAGCUCCAGGGUCUCCGCACCCGCCUUCCUUCAGCAGCUCAAGUAACCAGCCACCACCACUCCCGGAGAAAAAACUGGUCAACCGCACCGUGUCCGCUCCCGACAGCGGCAAUGGGAAGCCCUUCAUUCGAGCCUUCCCUCGGCUCCCGUUCACCGGCUCAGAGAGCAACGUGUGCCGAUCGACCGAAGCCAGCUCCCGGUCCAGUUUGCCGUCCAGCCCCGUUGACCCUCGGCCCAUUUUCUCCUCCAACGAGUCUCUGGAGCAUUGUCACGCCCCACUAGGCCGAUCCUCAAGGUCCCGGACACUGGACGAGCCGUUCAAGACUCAAGGGCGUCUGGGUGUGCAUUGCCGAAGCAGCAUCACAUGCUCCUCUUCGCCCCAGCUCAGUGUGCCCUUCUCAGCCUCUGAUCCGGGUUCAGCGCCGAAUCUGGGCUCAACCCUGCAGCUCCAGACCCUUCUGAGUAACAUUGACAGCAGAGAGGGAGUGUACUCCAAACUGGGUGGCCUGUACGCGGAGUCUCUGCGCCGCUUGGCUCUAAAAUGCGAGGAUCACUUCACUCGCUCGCAGAGGAACCCGCUUAGGUUUGAGGAAAGCAACUGGUCCUUGUUCCGGCUCACGUCUAACAAGCCAAGCUGCAACUCCGGAGAUGCUGUGUACUACUCCGCUGCCUGCGCAUCGGACCCCAGCAACUCCUACGCUGUAAAGAUCUGUAAGAGUUCAUCCAUAGAAGCCAAGCAGGGCCACCUCUACAGCCUGUCGGUGCAGCAGAGCAUGCCUCCACACUUCAACCUCCAGCAGGACUGUGGUCACUUUCUGGCCUGCGUUCCCCAGAGCAUGUUGCCUUCCGAUGAAGUCUCUCUGCCCACCACGCCGGCCUCCUCGGUGCCUCAGCCCUCCACACCUGCACAGAGCCAGCAGGUAGAGAGAGAGCGAGUGGUGGUCAUCACCUCCGAGAUCCCUCGCCAGACGGCGGCUGACUUUGUUCGGGAGUACGAAAUGUUCCACAAAACUCAACCCGAGGUCUAUGAGCGACGCGUCUGCUUCCUCCUGCUGCAGCUCUGCAACGGCCUGGAGCACUUGAAGGAGCACGGGGUCACGCACCGUGACCUCUGCCUAGAAAACCUGUUGCUGGUGCCUCAUCAGCGCAGGCCCUCCCAGUUUGCUCAUCAGAGCAGCACUGACAGCAGCGGCAGUAAUGGCGUGGACAUCCAGCGCCAACUUCCCCGGCUCCUCAUCAGCAACUUCGCGAAGGCCAAGCGUCGUUCCUCCGAGGAUGCCGUCUCAACCAAUGUGGACCCUCGGAUCAAACGAGACCACGCUAGGUUGGCACCUGAGAUCGUCUCCGCGGCCCAGUACCGCAAAUUUGAUGAGUUCCAGACGGGCAUCUUGAUCUACGAGCUCCUCCACCAACCCAAUCCAUUCGAGGUGAGUCCAGCACUGAAGGAGCAAGACUACCGCUGUGAGGACUUGCCUCCGGUUCCUUCCGUCUCCCUUUACUCAGCGGGUCUCCAGAGGCUAGCCCAGCUGCUUCUCCAGCCAGACCCCAUCAAACGCAUCCACAUCCAGGAAGCCAAACGCAUAUUGCAGAGUCUGCUCUGGGGUCCCAGGAAGGACCUGAUGGAGCAGCAGCGGGAAAGACACGGACAAGCUGGAGCCUACGUGGAUGGAUCCCGACAUGAGGGCCUCCUCAACUGGCUGGACGUGAAGAGGGCCCUGCUGAUGAUGAAGUUCGCUGAGCGAUCACUGGAGCCGGAGAGGAACGCGGAGCUGGAGGACUGGUUGUGCUGUCAGUACUUUUCCUCGGCUCACCCUCUGUCCCUCUGCCAUACGGCUGAGCUCCUCUACUCACUGAAGUGAUGAUGCACUUUAGCUUCAGCGGAGCCACCAAUUUGUGAACGUGUGCGUGAGAAACACCGGUAAAAUAAACAUUAAUGUCUAUGGAUAGUGUGAUCCUCUGGAGGAACUGUGAAACUGCCCACUGGCUGGCAUGACACCUACAUGCAAGAGAGCCACACAUCAAACUAUCCGUCCACUCUUUACCUUUUACGCCAACAUUAUCCUGCCACAGACAGUCAAAGCUGUUCUUGUAAUUAUCACUGACAUAUGGACAGACUAGAAUCCUUUUGUAUCAGUAAACAUAUGGACAGUAAUCAUAAUUCUAUAAUACACUUACCAAAGUUUCAUGUUUGACACUGUAUUGUGUGUAUUUAUUAAGUAUUGGACACAUUUUACUCACAGAAAACAGGCUAACGGUUCAUAACCUUAUUCUGUGUUUGCCAACUUCUCAAAGCAACGCUGUGUCGUGUCUCGAUGUGCAGCUAACUUUGUCUAUGUAUAAGUGGCUAACUUGUCUGAUCAUGAAGAAGUAUGAGAUCACCUGCAGACAUAGCACCUUUUCUCUCAUAUGUUGAGUCACGGGCACAUAAUGCUGCACGGUAUACCAUCAACAACAAUCUUUUCUUUAACCAAAUCUACAGACUAAUGCCUCUUCCUUUGCUUUGUUAGCGAUCAGGCUAGCCUUCCUUAAGCGACUGCUAACAACUGGCAACGUUAGCGGUUGCUUCUACUGAAUGGAUGACUCCAGUCUUGUCCUCAUGCUUACUUUUAGUACAUAUUUAAGUGUUUUGACAUUUGUCGCAGUGCCUUUUGUUCUUUGUACAUGUUUUAAGUGACUCAAGCCAAAUGUAAAUAUUACUGACCAUUCGUCCCAUGUGAAACUGGCCUUUCACAGAAUGUUCUAGUUGUACAGCGAUUUGUAGAUGAUAUUUGACAGAGAAAUGAGCCCGAGCAGGUCUUAAAAAGCCAUGAAUAUGAGCAGCAGUUAAAAUAAUAUUUAUAACGUUAUCCUGUAGUAGUCACUGGAAUUCACCUGUUUAUUUUCAUAUGUGGAUUAAGUUUUUCUGUGUGUGUUUUUAUCUGGCACAGCAGCGGCAGCUGGGGCUGUAUUGUUUUACUGUUUGUUUUUUGCCUCCUGUUUUUCUUGUCAGCUGCAGAGAAAGUUUCAAGUUUUAUUUCUCUAAUAAAACAUUGAGUGUGGUGAAAGAAGUUAACAACUUUUGUCCAUGACUGACUAAUGUUGAAGAGAACGUAGCCUGAGCUAAACUAAUGGAUUAUUGAUUUGAAUUAUUUUGUGCGUGUCUCACUUAUCUGCAUCCAUCAAUAAACAAUACAUAUAUUUUCUCACAGUA